AUGGCUUCCAUCGCCGGCAAGGUUUUUGCCCUGACAGGUGCAAGUUCUGGACUGGGGUUAGCAACAUGCUGCAGGCUCGCCAGGCUCAACGCCAGAGCUAUCUCUAUUGGUGACAUCAACCCUGGCCUUUUCGACAGUGCAAGGAAGAAACUACAGUCGAUCAAUCCUGAUACGCAGGUAUCUAUGACCAAAGUCGACGUCGCUUCGAGCCUGGAUGUGAAUGCUUGGAUCAAGGACACGGUCAACACCUUUGACGGCCUCGACGGAGCCGUGAAUUGCGCAGGAGUCAUCAACAUGUCUGCCAACCAACAGACGCCCCUGUUCUUGAACGAAACGGAUGAAACCUGGAACCGGGUGGUGAACGUGAACUUGACAGGGAUAUUGUACAGCAUGAGGGCGCAGGUGAAGGCGAUGAUGGAGUUGCCCAAGGCGCCGCGGAGCAUCGUCAACAUUGCCAGUGCGGCGAGUCUAUUCCAUGAUCCGACCAUCCUGUCAUACUGCGUGACGAAGCACGCCGUGGCAUGUCUGACGACCACGGUAUCGAAGGAAUUGGGACCGUUGGGGAUUAGGUUAAACGCUGUCUCUCCCAGCGCAACGAAGACGGGGAUGGCGUUGUCAUGGUACAAGGACGAAGAGGAGGCUGAGGCGGAUAUGGCCAGGCGCGGAGUGAUCUUGCUUGACCCAGAGAGAGUGGCCGAGACGAUAACAUGGCUGCUAAGUGAAGAUUCGACUGGAAUCAACGGUGUCAACGUUCCUGUUGGGGCGAGCGCUUCAUAG